GGUGAUCACGUGAUUCAUGGAGCAGUAAGCGGAGCAUCAGAGAUCUUGUGGAGCUUCAGGACGUUCAGGUCUACGGUGUCCAGUAAAACUGCCUCCAUCGACGGUAGGAGCUGUAAGUUGGCUUCCGACAUCUCAUUAAGGGAUAUACAGAGCAUGGACCUUCUUGAACUGGAAAUCCACAUCCCAGUGGAGGCUGAGGUGAAAAACAUUCCCGUGUGGAGCUUACCAAACUCAGUGAUCAGGAGAAUGGGCCUGCCCCCGCCUGCAUCUGAGGGCUCCAAGGCCCGUACGGACGCCCCAGAAGGUAUAUGGAUUUGUCCAACAGUCAUACGGAGGAAAAGCCAGAAUCCAGCCUCCCACACAGGAAACAAUGUGAAAGAAAACAUGUCCUCACUGCUGUACAGAGAGUUUCGGGCUGCGCAGGGUCCCCUCCAAAUGUCUUUCGUUUCCUCCAACUGCACAGCUUAUAAGUUGCUGCAGGACAUCAUGCCUGGGAAGAAGGUCUCCUCACACACCUCUCAUACAUCCCUCUUACCUCACGGCUCGGCGCUCAAAACCCGCCAAGAUGCUAUCGUCAUCUACCACGGACGCAUUUACCUGAUCAUCAAGAACCCCAAACGAAGCAGGAGUCAAGAAGUGUCACAAGAACCACAGCCGGUGGCCCAGUCCUCCCUUCAUUCAACAUCAGCUGUGUCAUCUGAUAGCCAGGAGAAGGCUUCUCUUGAACCUGCAGACAGAGAACUACAGAAGAAGAGAUUGCGUGUCACUUUGCCCCGAAUCUCCCUAAAACAGGAUCUUCUCACCAAAACAGAUAACUAUUCCACUACAGAGACGCUGCACACAGAUCAGGAGCUGCUAAAUGACAACAAGCCAAACAAUAAGGAUGCUGGAAGAAAGCGGCCUGCUCGCUUCCAGACUCAAGGGGACCAGGAGGAGGUGGCCAACCUUGACAGUGAUGAAGGUGAGACACAAGACCUGGACAGACAAGAAGCCGAAAGUACAGAUCAAAACAACAGUAUGGACAGUAAUAUGCAAAUAGACUAUCAAAAUGGCAACCACAGCUGGACCAGGAGGGAUCCUCAGAGUUCAGCUUCUGCCUGUACGUCACCACAACAGUCAUGUGACUUCAAGGAGCUGGAACGAAAGGAGAAGAUCGCUCGGUUGAAGGCCAAGCUCCGAGAGAAUGAAGUCGAUCUUCACAACAAGCACUCGACAAAAUGACAGCUCAGAGUAAAGAACAGUAAUGAUGCAAAUUCAGCAUAUUAGAUUAGCAUUUCGACUGUUUUGUGAAGCCAAAGGACGGUUUAUCACAAUGUUUGGUUAGUAGAGUUAUCUAUCCGUUCUGUUAUUCAUGUUUUGGUGUGACGUGGUGUUUUGUGGUGUGCCAAAUCCAGCCAGAAAUUAAAUCAAGGAUCUGAGGAUGUUGUAUUAUCUGUACAGAUUGUUAAACUUGCUGAGGCAAAACAAGAAAACGUCAUGUUUUAAUGAGAUCAGUCAUUAUCAAGGACAUAGAUUUGGUUUUAUUUUUGUUUCUUUUAUGUGGGACGCGCACACACACACACACACACGAAGAGCAUGAAUCUGCGAAAGGUUUACUUGCUUAAAUAUAACAGGAUUUGUAUUAUUCAUUUUUCUCUGAUUUUUAACAACUAUUCUACUUUUUUAAUGAAUAUAAAUCUGCGACUAAGAUUAAUAAUUAAAAUUGACAUGAUAGAUUUUCACGAUAACUGUUUCAAGAACAUAAAUGUUUAUAAACUUGUAUGUUCUGUUAGACCAAACUAUCUGCUUUAAAUAAUUUUUAAACCUCACCUGAGGUUCUUUAACUGUUUACUUCUCUCAGUCUAAGUUUCCUGAUGGAGCUACGACGCUCAAACCUGACUUAAAAUUGUGUCUAAGGAUUGUGAGAGAAUUUUGAAGGGUUGAAAUAUCCUCAAACUACAUUAGCUACUUAACUUCAGACUGAUACAACAGCCUUGCAAUUUUGUUUAAACAGUUUGAAAGUGUGUUUAGACUGAAGAGCUUUUUUCACUCGUUUACACUGUGUUAUUUACAUAAAUUUAACCAAUGGAAUCUUUACUGAAAUCUGUUUUUUACCCCCAACAAGCUAAUGUUCAGACAGCACAGACGCUAGCUGUAGCUAGCUAGCAUUGUACAGUGGUACCAACCAUGUAUCUUACAGGUCAGCUGACUGAUCUCUUUAUUUUCCUCCAGUAUCUCUCGUUUUUCUUUUUCAUCUUUGUACAUUUAAGAAUUAGUCGUUCAGUCUCUGGAUAAAUGUUCAUGUCAUCACUCAAGCUGAAAGUGUUUUCAGACUCGCUGUUCUUUGUGCCUGUGGCUGAAUUUGCAUCCGCUCAAGUCUUUACUUUGAGAUUAAACUGAGUUGUGCCACAUGUAAAA